AUGUAUGCCCUCGCAUUAGCUCUGGUCGUGUUGGGGUACUUCUUAGUGAUCCCAGUUAUCAAGUACUUUCUUGACCCGAAGGGUCUCAGGAAAUAUCCCAACUUCUACCUUUUGUCCGGCAUAUCAGAUAUACCGUUUAUUUACGAAGCCCACAGAGGCUUCCGUUCACGCAAUCUCUUCGAAGCCCACAAAAAGCAUCCCGUUUUACGAGUCGGUCCGAAUUCGCUAUCUUACUCCCAUCCCAACGCCAUCAAGGAUAUCUACGGUCACAAUACGAGCUGCAUCAAGGAUCGUUUCUACUCCGAGACUGGAGGCUCACACAGCCACCUUGCGGACGUCGUGAACAAAACGGAACACGCCCGGAAGAGAAAGGUGCUGUCAAGCGCCUAUGCGGUCAAGAAUCUUGAAGAGUGGGAGUUUAAGGUGGCGGACGUCAGCGCAAAACUUAUCAAGGCUUUUGAUAAGCGGUGCACUGAUCCACUGCCUCCAAAUCAGAAUCCAAAAGAGGAAGAUCUAACGGUUGAUUAUCGGAACUGGACGGUCUUGUGGACCGCAGCUGCGAUCGCGAAUAUUGGUCUCAGCGAAGAUCUCGGUUUUCUUAAUGAGGGAUCCGACACAGUGAAGUCUGAGAGCAAGGAUGGCACAGUUAAAAAUGUCUCCUUCAGGGAAUGUCAUACUGCUACACAGAGAGUAUCCUACCAGUUGGUCUGGUCUUACGACUGGUUCAAGACUCUCCGCCGACUUAGCAAUGCGAUUUCGUCAAGCUAUCGGCGUAUGUGGCGGUUAGAUGGGGACUGGGGCGGUAUUGUUUAUAACCGUGCGACUACACGACUGAAGCGACAUAUGAAUGGCGAGAAAUUAGACGAUUUCUUUACAGUUCUAAUGGAAGACAAAAACGGAACACCUCACAAUCUAGAAUGGGGGAGAUCGUCGCGGAGAUUAAUAUUAUGA